AAAAUCAAUUAACAUGUUUUUUAAAUCAGUUUUUUGUUCAAAAAUGUUAACAGUUAUAGUUAACAUAUAAAAGAAUUUUAACAGCUUAAAAAAUAUUUAGUAGUUAUUGCUUUUAUAUCGUGUAUAUAAUGCAUUUCUUAUUUAUAAUAUUGUACUAGAAAAAUCAUAAUGGAUAUAGAUGCAGACUUAGCUCUUCUCAAUGAAUCUGAAAUUAAUCAACACGAUGACACAAAUAUUGAAACAAAUGUAGCUACUGAAGCCGAUUUAUAUCAGUACCCAAAGUUAUUUUCAAGUAAAACUUUAUUAGAACUAUGCAACUCUUCUUGGUCUCGUUCCUAUAAUGCUAAGAAUAAUAUACAACCUUAUUUACGUGGAUGCAAAUGGUCUCCAGAUGGAACAUGUUGUUUAACUGUAGUAAAUAACGAUGGGGUUCAUGUAACAGAACUUCCUAAAGAUCUAUACUUUGGUUCUGUCAAUCCCGAAAGGAAAAUAGAUGUUUUAGAUUCAGUAAUUCAUGUCAAAGAAGCUGGACUAGUGUAUGACUUCUGUUGGUACCCUGGAAUGAAUAGUAAUGUCCCUGAAACUUGCUGCUGGUUAACAACGAGACAAAAUGCCCCAGUGCAGAUGUGGGAUGCCUUUGAUGGAUCUCUUAGAGGUUCAUACCGCGGCUUCAAUGCAGUUGAUGAGAUGGAACCAGCUUUAUCUGUCACAUUUAAUUCAGAAGGCACUAAAAUUGUUGCAGGAUAUAAAAAAUUCUUGCGCACUUUUGAUGUUGAUAGACCCGGCAGAGACUUUGGAGAACACAAGAUUAAUUCACCAGCUUCUUGUCUGGUUACAGAUAGAAAUCUACUAGCUAUAGGCUCAUGGAAUACUACAAUCAGUCUUUUCAACAUGAGUGAAUCAGGGAAUUAUAAAAGCAUAGGAAAAAUGCACGGGCAUACUGGUGGAGUAACUCACAUAAAAUUUACUCCAGAUGGUCUUAAAUUAGUUUCUGGUGCUAGAAAAGACCAUAGACUACUUGUAUGGGAUAUUCGGUACUACAGAAGGCCACUCAACAUCCUUAGCAGAGUUGUGGAUACAAACCAAAGAAUAUAUUUUGAUGUGUCACCUUGUGGUAAAUAUUUAGUUACCGGAGGGACUGAUGGUGUCAUCAAAGUAUGGGAUAUUGACUCAGUUAAUUGGAGUGAAAGUGUUGAUGUUACUGAAGUUUCAAAGGAUAAUGCAACAUUUAGGUUUCCUUUGCACAAUGAUUGUUGCAACAGCAUCUCAAUUCAUCCAUUGAGGCCUAUUUUAGCCACAGGCUCAGGCCAGUACCAUUUCAGUGAUCCUGUAUCAGCACUUGAAGAUAGUGUGAUGGAUAAUGACAAUGUAGCACGUUUGGAUAAAGAUGUAUCCAUAAAUAGUGAUAUGAAAUAUUCAUCUAAUGCUGAAAAUAGUUUAGUGUUUUGGUGGAUUGGGGAUCUUCCAAACAUUACAUAGACUAAGUGUGUACUAUAAACAUUUGACCAAUGA